AUGGCUACACGUACCAAGGAUGAUGACACCGAGUGCUCAUUCGCCUGCCCUGGCAACGGCUUUCAGAAAUGUGGUGCUGGAAACAGACUAAGCGUUUACAAGAACGAGAACAUUGUGACUCCUGCCGGUCCUUCUGCAAAGGCCAAGGCAGGGAGCUACGUUUCUGCGGGAUGUUACAGUGAUCUUGUCCAGGGCCAACGUGCCUUAUCCAGAACGCGUGCUGAUGAUGCCAUGACACCUGAUAUGUGUGCCACAUUUUGUGCCGGCAGUGCGUGGAUGGGCGUUGAAUACGGCAAGGAAUGUUGGUGUGGCAAUGUGCUUGGCUCGCUGAGUCUGCCAGCUACUCAGCAAACAGACUGCAACAUGGCUUGCGCAGGAGACUCUACCAGCCUCUGCGGUGGCCCAGCUCGAUUGAACAUGUAUACAUUGGACACCGCCAAUGGAGUCUCCAGCGCAAGUUCAGCUCCUCCAGUUGCCCCCAGCGCAGUCAGUACGGCUGCCGAUCGCGUGGGCGACUUCAUCCACCUCGGAUGCUGGACUGACGAUGCCGCCAACGGCAGAACGUUUGGCGACCUCUAUGCUUCCGACGACAUGACCGUCAAGAAGUGCGCUGACUGGGCUAUAUCAAAGGGAUACCUCAACUUUGGAAUCGAGUACUCGCGUGAGUGCUGGGCGGGCAACUCCGUGAACCCGCUUGCUACGUCUGCAGGGUCUUCGACCUGCAACAUGAAGUGCAUGGGCGACGCCACUGAGAGUUGUGGAGGUCCCAACCGUUUGGAUUUGUACAAGUAUAGCCCAGCGCCGUCAUCGACUUCUUCUGCCGGCGCAUCCUCGACAUCCUCGACUGCUUCCGGAUCCUCCACCUCGUCGACUUUGCCUUCAGCCAACUCUGCUCCCAAUGAUGCUACAUUGCCCCACGCUGUCAGCGCCUCACUAGCUGGAGCCACCAUUGGCGACAACUCUCAGCUUCAAACCGUUGAUGGGAAGACUGUAGUUGAUCUUACACCACCAGACAAUGGCCAGGCCUCUAUCACAGUCGCCGCCGCGUCUGCUCCUGACCUGCAGAGUGAAGACUCCGUAGUGGUACAAUUGACUUACAAGACUGAGGCUUUGAAGAAGCGAGCGACGAAGCGAGCUGUCCUGUCUGAGUGUACCUUGACAAUGAUGAUUGGAAGCACCGUCAUCUAUUCGAGCAGGAUCUGGACAACGGAUGGAAGCUACACCACGGUGACCAGCAUGCCUACUAGCGCCGGUAUCACGACCUUGAUUAUCGUUCAGUACUGCCCUGCCACUGCAGUACCCAUCGUCAUUGGAGAUGUUGCUGUUGCACCAGCUCCGUCAUCGAGCUCUGCCUCCAGCAGCUCGACCGUCAUCGUCUCAUCAACCGUGGUGAUCAUCCAGGCAACACCUUCAACAACAAGCACCAGCUCUUCUCGGCUCUCAAGCACAACAAGCAAUGCUGGUUGGGCAACGUAUGUCCCACCUGCCACAACAAACGCUCCAUCGACAACUGCUGCUCCGGCUGCGACGAACGUGGCCGCCAACGUACCCACGUACCUCGCGGGGGUGUAUCAGGCUGGGACAUGCAGCAGCCCCGGGUACAUGUCGACUUGCACAAUGUCUGGGAUGCCUGUAGCGACCAUCGACAUCGUCGGAAAAGCCACUGCGUCUCCUGUGCCUGCCUCGGGCAACAUGCAGCAAGCGUACGAGCAGUGUGCCGGCAUCUGCGCCAACCUCGACUCGUGCAACUCCUGGGCACUGGAUCGCGGCGUCGGCGUGUACCCCGAUGCCACAGCCUCCACAUGGUGGUGCAACUUCUACUCGGGCCAGGUUGGAAAAUACCAUCCCAACGCUUACAACGCUCAGUUCGCCGCCGUCGUCUACUUUGCAAAGACUUGCUACAGCUGCCAGCAACGAGACCUGGCUGCCCUUGCUCCUGCGCCUGCGGCGGCAACUACGUCCACAACCUCGUCGUCUUCUACGAGUGUACCCGCCGUGACACAAGCUCCAGUCAUCCCCGGUGUUCUGACCUUCUCUGCGCCGGCUUACGAUUCUGCUGCUUGCACGUUCGGAACGCCGCCAGACUGCUAUCUGUCCGGUGCUCCUGUAGCAACAUCUGGUCUCCUUGCGGUCGCGACGGGCAUCACAGGCUUUGUUAGCUCUGAGGGGCCGUUCAAGCACUCCACAAAGGCCGUCCGGCCAGGCGCCAUCACCCUGUUCUCAUGGAUCCCGACUCUCGCCGUUCCUACCACGGUGACGGAGACCAACUGCCCCCGACCGACGGCUGACAACUGGUACACUGCCGGAUGUACUCUCUCCGGCGGCGUCCUCCAGACCUCCGGACUCGUUGCCGUCGCCACAGGUGUUCCGGCUCCGCGAGUUCAGAACAGCAACCUAUUCGAGUACGCCUACCAAGCUUGCGCGCAGAUGUGUGCGUCAAUGUCCACCUGCUACAGCUGGGCCCUUGAUAGAGGAUUCUGGCCGGCCGACUACUCUGACUGGACGUGCUACUUUUACUCCGCCGGCGCGAGGCUGAUGACUCCCCAGAACGACGGCAACUACUGGAUCGUCUGGAUGGACAAGCAGUGCUACGCUUGCAGCACUCCUGCUGCAGCGAUCUCGUCACCUACUCCGUCAACAUCGUCAUCCAUCGCCCCAGCGGCUACUUCAUCUACCAGCGCUGGGUCAUCGACCAGUAGCGCGGCAUCCUCGAUAUCUACUGCCGCUUCGUCAACUUUCAACGCAAACGCUGCAUCAUCCACGUCGAGCACUGCAUCUCCCACAACAGCCGCGCCAGCAACAACAAGGCCGCCCUCCGAGGCCUACGUCUUCUCGGCCUCAGCCUGGACCUCUGGCACCUGCGUAACGCAGCGCAACAACGACGGCGCGACCCCUUGCGCCCUCUCCGGCUGGCCGACCCCGACUUCGCAGUCCGGUCUCCUGGCUGUAGCGACAGGCAUUGCUCCGGCUCCAUCGGGGGUGUUUGACUUCAGCAAGCCUUUCGAGGUCUGCGCCGGCGCUUGCCGCGGUGUGAACGGCUGCACCACCUGGGCCAUCGAUCGUGGAAACUGGCCCACCGAUCUGUCUCCGUGGUCGUGCUACAUGUACAACUUUGUCAACUCGAGCAACUAUAACCUCCCUGGCAACUACUUCCGCCUCACCUCGUAUGGCUCCGCGUAUGCCAAGUUCGCAUGGGGAGUGACGGAAUGUUACAAUUGCACCCUCAACCAGGCGAUCGCGUCCUCUAUCAGCAGCAGCUACCGUCUCAUCUGCUACGAGCACGCCCUUCAGCAGCAGUUCUUCUUCGACUUCCUCUACAACUUCAGGACCAUCUGGAACAGUCACCGCCCUCGCCACCACCUUAGCUCUAGCAGACACAGUGACAACAUUCUCCGCGCCGGCGUCGACCACGUCUUGCGGUCAACCGACCGGGGCUCAAUGUCCGGCUAUCCGACAGCGACGCAGGGUCUCAUUGCCGUCGCAACGGGCAUCGCCCCCAACGUCUUGGGCGACUACAACUUCGACCCGUCGUAUCAGCGCUGCGCAGUCAUCUGCGAUGGAAUCUCCGGCUGCCAGGGAUACGCCCUCGACCGCACCAGCACCGUCUCCUGGAACUGCAACUUCUACAACCUCCCCGUCAUGACGCUGCUCAAGUCCCUGUCGCCUUCUGUGGACUACAGGCCGGUCGUAUGGAUGAGUAUGCUCUGCCACAACUGCGCCAACAUCGUUCCAGCAAACGUCUUGUCUUCAUCUUCGUCCUCGUUUUCUUCGUCGAGCUCUUCUUCAUCCUCGCUUCCGCUCUUCGUCGGCUACCCGCAAGCCACCGCAUCGCCAUCCUCCACGACGCCCGCCAGCUCAAAGUCGCAAAGCGCGGCAUCCUCGAGCACGUCCGCCUCCGCGGCCGCGGUGUGUUCCCGAGCUGCGUCGCCGCCUGCCACGGCAAAUUGCAACGUGAAGGGCUUCCAGCAACCGGCCGGCGGGGUGCAGGGUAGCUAUCUAUACGCCCAGACCGACUGUGCCGCGUAUUGCCUGAGCCUCGGAGCAGCUUGCAAGAGCUGGACGUGGGUCCCGGGAUCCGGUUGGUGCGGUAUCUACAGCUUGGCCGUCUGGGACGCCAUCGGCGAUUCGGCGGUCGCUGGCCGGGCGUACAAGGACAAUGUCAUGGAUGAGCCUGCGUGUUGGAGCUGCCCUGAUGGCGCGGCUGUGCAUUACCUCCCCGUAUAG